AAAAACGUUGUGGGGACUGAGAAAGGUUACCAAAUUUGUUAGUGAGUUCACGAUUUAUUUACUUGUACAUUAAUACUCAAUAUAAGCGUUAAAUGCUACAAAGUAAAAAGGAUGUAGGUUCGCAUGUCUGAAUGGUAAGACGUGUUGGUAACAAAUCCAAAGAUUUACAUUUAAAGAACAAUAAAGAAAACUUAAAUGCUAAUCAUGCAAAAUUGCACUUUCCCAGUACAGAGUCGUUAUCUGGGCUCUAGCGUGUCAGCAUAUUUUUAUAUAUACCAUUAAAAUGUAGCCUGGAUAACUUGUGUCAUUAGGGGUUUAUCACAACAUCAUAAUAUUCAAUUACUUUUUUUUUUCACAUGUUGUUUAGUGUAUUGUUUGAGAAUCUCGUCUUAAUGAUUCCAAAAAUGCCCCCUUUCCUUUGUAUUACCACUUUCCACUAACUUAUCUGGGCACAUAUCUUUUAUAAACACAAAAUAAAAUUAUUCUUUCUUAUUACAUGCCUAGACGUUUCAAAAAAAUGACAAAAUUAAUGUCAAACAACACUUAUUUUAUGAGAACAGUGUAAAUUUUUAUUCAGCGAUUUGUCGAAACUUUGCGAUUUCGAUCAUAUUCUCGCGAUUUAGUGGUUUCCAUAAGAUAUUAACCAAGAGCUUAUGUAGAUUCUAAAAUUCUCAAAAAAAGCGAAAUCAGGUGUGCUUAUGACAACGAUGUAACGUUUACACUUAAUUUAUUUUUUCUAAUAUUAAUCAGUAUUUGAAUUCGAUCUUGGAAAAUGAGUCUAUCCGCUGCUAAUAGCACAAGUUCUAUGGUUUUGCCUAAUGAUGAUGAUGGUAUAUCCUGUUGUUCCUUAACAGAAAGUGAAUCAGCCAAUUCAAACGGUUCACACAAACAUAAAUAUUAUACAAGGCUAGCAGCAAAGUUCAAUGAACAAGACAACGGCGAAAAUAAUCCCGACAUUUCUUCGCUAGCAUUGCCGGAAGUAACAAACUCUUCGCAAGAAAAUAAUAAAAGUGAUAAUCCAAUUACUAGUUGCCAAUCCGUAAUUUGUUAUACGGACCAUACUAUUUGCCCAAAUUUGGUUAAAAAACGGAAGAAAGUUAUGGACAUAACAGGAAGGCCUUUUGCUUGUUCCUGCGAUAGAGUUAGCUGGAGAAAAAAUACCUUAAAGUUGUUUACGUUCGCCUCUGUUGUAUUCUUUGUCCUUAUCGCCAAUCAACUUUUUAUGACUAUUACCGAAAAUAAAUCAGACCUCGCAUCCAUCAAACUCCAGAUGGGCAGUUUAACAAGCGAUAUUUGCGAGACUCGCAAGAAAACUGAUAAGAAGCUUUCGAAAAUUGAAAACAUUUUAUCAUCGUUAAAUUCUCAUUACAAGAAGGAACUUGAAUUGGACUUUCCGACAUGCGCCACUGAUGAAAUAUGCCCUUCGAAACCUGAAAGCUCAAAAGGAUGCAGUUGCUCCGGCGAUAGUCCAGAUAAGAAAUGUUCAAAUAUUCGUAAACUGGUGAACGAAGCACUCUUAGAAUUUAAAGCGGAUAAAACGGGAAAAACAGAUUUCGCCCUUGAAUCAGCGGGCGGCGGCAUUGUAGCCGUCCGCCAAGGGAAGCCUUAUUGUCCUGGUUCUUCAGGAAAAGUAAAAUAUCUGGGCAUUGAACUUUGUCCAAAUCCAUUGAACCGUCCCGAAGCGAUUCUUAAACCUAGCGUUAUGCCUGGUGAAUGUUGGGCAUUUCAAGGAGGCUCUGCUUCCGUUAUAAUACAUCUUUUAAGUUUUGUCUUAAUUAAUGGAGUUACAUUGGAACAUAUACCUAAAUCCCUGUCUCCCACAGGAGAAAUAAGCAAUGCUCCUAAGAAUUUCGCCAUUUAUGGACUGGAAUCUCCGAAUGACGAUGUAGGAGUGUGUUUGGGAAAAUUCACGUUUAACAUCAAUGGUCCCCCCUUACAAACGUUCGACAUAAAACCAAAGAAAAAUAAGCCAUUUAGAUUAAUCGAAUUUAAUAUUUUAUCAAACCAUGGCCAUCCUAACUAUACCUGCGUUUACAGAUUAAGAGUUCACGGAACUCUGGCCGAUUUGUCUAAGUCUGGGAAGGACCACUGUAAAACAGACACAAGAUAGUAGAAGAUUCAUGCGUUUACAUGGUAGUUUUAUGUACAUAUUGUUUUUAUAUAGAAUCAAUUAAUGUCGUUUUAUAUUAAAUUUUUAUUUUAUCA